AUGCAGGAGGUGAAGCUGGAACCCAACGUCAUGAGCUACAAUGCGGGGAUCAGCGCUUGCGAGAAGGGCGAGCAGUGGCAGCGGGCUCUGGAGCUUCUUGGCAAGAUGCAGGAGGUGAAGCUUGAGCCGAGCGUCAUCACCUACAACGCUGGAAUCGUCGCGUGUAGGAGAUGCGGUCAGUGGCAGCAGGCUUUGUCGCUGCUCGGCGAGAUGCGGAAUAGCUAUUUGGAGCCGAACGACAACAGUUACAAUCUGGGCAUCACAGCGUACGAGAUGUCGUCUCGCCACUUGGUAGGACUCCCUGGCUAUCUUCAGGUCGGUCUUUCGCGUUUUCGAGCAUCUUGA